AUGGUUAAAGUUCUCUUGACUGGAGGCAGUGGCUUCAUCGCCGCCCACAUUGUCGACAUUCUGCUACAGCAUGGUUUUGAUACAGUUGUUACUGUUCGAACAGAGGAGAAGGGCAAGCGCAUUAUUGAGGCACACCCCAACGUACCGAAGGAAAAACUCUCUUAUGUGAUUGUCAAGGAUGUAGCCAAGGACGGUGCAUUUGAUGAUGCCGUCAAAUCAAAUCCUCCCUUUGACUAUGUUCUCCACACCGCGUCUCCUUUCCAUUUUAAUGUUCAGGAUCCUGUGAAAGACUUCCUUGAUCCAGCCAUCAAGGGAACGACCGGUAUCCUGAAGGCAAUCAAAGAGUACGCCCCUACCGUGAAGCGAGUGGUAAUCACGUCAUCUUUUGCUGCUAUUGUGAACGGCAAGCAGCACCCCAAGGUCUACAGCGAGAAAGAAUGGAAUCCGGUGACAUGGGAGGAGGCAAUGGACCACUCGCAAGUUUACCGUGGUAGUAAGACCUUUGCGGAAAAAGCAGCAUGGACGUUCAUCGAGAAGGAGAAACCGAAUUUCAAUAUUGCUACCAUCAAUCCACCACUGGUGUUUGGCCCAAUCGUUCAUUAUCUCAACUCCCUUGAGAGUCUCAACACGUCGAACCAGCGCCUGAGAAACCUCAUCCAGGGUCAAAUGAAGGAGAAAAUAGCACCAACGGGCAAUUUCCUGUGGGUGGAUGUGCGUGAUGUGGCCCUCGCCCAUGUCAGAGCCAUCGAAGUUCCUGAAGCAGGAGGGGAGAGGUUCUUUGUCGUCGCUGGCUUCUUUUCAAACAAGGAACUUGCAGAUAUUGCUCACUCUUCCAGCGACUUCCCGGAAAACAUCUAUGAGAUUGACAACAAUAAGUCGCAAAAGAUCCUUGGACUCAAGUACCGCCCACUGAAGCAGACUGUCUCAGACACCAUCGAUUCUCUUCUAGUUGUUGGUGCUUAG